ACCCAAACACAGUCCCACGCCAUUUAGCUUUGGUAAUUACCGUUUUCCUGCACAAGGAGAAGGGCAACAAUCUUUUUAUGGGCUCUAUAAAUUCCCCCACCAAAUUUUGAUUCCUUGCUUCUUUGCUUUGGAGAAAGAAGUAAAAACUCACUCUCUCAUACAUCAGAAGUCUCUCUCUCUCUCUCUCUCUCUGAAUCUUUUUAGGUCCACUAAGCUCAGCUUUUAAGUUUCAACCCCAACUCUCAAAUAAUAAGCUUCUCUGUUGCAAAUGGCGAUCUGGGUUUUGCUGUUUCAUCUUGUUACUGUUGCCCUUGUUCUACUGUCACCCACAACUGCAAACCUAGAAGGAGAUGCUUUGUUUGCUUUGAGACAAGCAGUGAAGGAUCCGAAUAGUGUUCUGCAGAGCUGGGAUCCGACCUUGGUUGAUCCCUGCACUUGGUUUCAUGUCACCUGCGACGGCGACAAUCGGGUUACUCGACUAGAUCUUGGAAAUGCGAACCUGUCGGGCAGUCUCGUACCCGACUUGGGGAAGCUCGAGCGCCUUCAGUAUCUGGAAUUUUACAUGAACAACUUGAUGGGAUCUCUACCAAAACAGCUUGGAGGAUUGAAGAGCCUUGUGAGCUUGGAUCUCUACCACAAUAACUUCUCUGGGACCAUCCCACCCUCCCUCUCCAACCUCUCCAAUCUCAAAUUCUUGAGACUGAAUGGUAACAGACUGACUGGAAGAAUACCUAGAGAGCUUACCAAACUUCAAAGCCUCAAGAUACUUGAUGUAUCCAACAACGAUUUGUGUGGUACUUUCCCAACCUCAGGCUCCUUCUCCCAGUUAUCUGAAGAAAGUUUCAAGAAUAACCCAAGAUUGGAAGGACCAGAACUGAUGGGAUUUGUGAGAUAUGAUAGUACCAGAGGAAGCUGCAAAUGAUGUGAACUACUAGUACAACCAGUCUACUACUACCCAAAAGGCAACAAAAGCUUGCCAUUUACCAAUUAGGAAAUCUCCACUUGUAUUUAGAUAAAUCCAUUUUUCUAUGGAAAGGAUUUUUGUGUUCCACUAAUCAAUGUCAUUACUACAACUUAAUUACUA